GCUGCUGGGGAGGAAACCCUUGGCUGUGAUGCCGCUGGAUGAUGGCUGCUUUUGGGAUCCUAAGUUACGAACACCGGCCCCUAAAGCGGCCCCGACUCGGUCCUCCGGACGUUUAUCCUCAGGAUCCAAAGCAAAAAGAGGAUGAACUUACUGCAUUAAACGUGAAGCAAGGAUUCAACAAUCAGCCAGCUGUGUCCGGUGAUGAACAUGGCAGUGCAAAAAAUGUCAACUUCAACCCUUCAAAGAUCAGUUCAAAUUUCAGCAGCAUCAUUGCUGAGAAGCUGCGAUACAACACAUUCCCAGACACAGGGAAGCGUAAGCCACAGGUCAACCAGAAGGACAACUUUUGGCUCGUCACAGCGAGGUCACAGAGCUCCAUCAACAACUGGUUCACGGAUUUGGCUGGGACUAAACCCUUAACACUGCUGGCUAAAAAGGUUCCAAUCUUCAGCAAAAAGGAGGAGGUUUUCGGAUACUUGGCCAAGUACUCAGUCCCUGUCAUGCGUUCGGCAUGGAUGAUUAAGAUGACCUGUGCUUAUCAUGCUGCAAUUACAGAAACAAAAGUCAAGAAGAGGCAUGUGAUUGAUCCGUGUAUAGAGUGGACACAGAUCAUCACAAAGUACCUGUGGGAGCAGCUCCAGAAAGUGGCUGAGUUUUAUAGGCAGUCUCCCAGUCAAGGCUGUGGCUCGCCCCUACCUGCCACCCCUGCUGAGGUCGAGACAGCCAUGAAGCAGUGGGAAUACAACGAGAAGCUCGCCAUGUUCAUGUUUCAGGAUGGCAUGCUGGACAGACAUGAGUUCCUGACGUGGGUGCUGGAGUGCUUUGAGAAGGUCCGACCUGGUGAAGAUGAGCUUCUCAGACUGCUGCUGCCCCUUUUACUGCAGUACUCAGGGGAGUUUGUGCAGUCGGCUUACUUGUCUCGGAGGCUGGCUUACUUCUGCACGCGUCGCCUCAACUUGCUGCUAAGCGACGGGAGCCUGGGCCCCGGCACAGGAGGGCACCAGGCGCACGGCAUCUUGGCCCAGCCGGGCAACGCCUUGCCCCCCACGCCAACCUCCCAGCCCGCAGGAGGAAACCAGCCGCAGACUCCGUUCACAGACUUCUACAUCUGUCCUCAGCAUAGGCCUCUGGUGUUUGGGCUCAGCUGCAUGUUACAGAGUAUAGUGCUGUGCUGUCCCAGUGCUCUGGUGUGGCACUACUCGCUCACAGACAGCAGGAACAAGACUGGCUCCCCUCUGGACCUCCUGCCCAUUGCCCCUUCCAACCUACCGAUGCCAGGAGGCAACACUGCCUUUACACAGCAGGUCCGUGCAAAGGUGCGAGAAAUUGAAGAGCAAAUCAAGGAGAGAGGGCAGGCGGUGGAGUUCAGGUGGUCGUUUGAUAAGUGCCAGGAGACAACAGCUGGGUUCACUAUCGGGAGGGUCCUCCACACCCUGGAGGUUUUAGACAACCACAGCUUUGAGAAGUCGGACUUCAGCAACUCACUGGACUCCCUCUACAACCGAAUAUUUGGCUCCGGCCAGAGUAAAGAUGGCCAUGAGAUGUCACCAGACGAUGAUGCUGUCGUGACCCUUCUUUGUGAAUGGGCCGUGUGCUGUAAGCGCUCUGGCAGGCACCGGGCCAUGGUGGUGGCCAAGCUGUUGGAGAAGAGACAGGCUGAAAUAGAGGCAGAGAGGUGUGGUGAGUCAGAGGUGGUGGAUGAGAAGGGGUCUGUGUCAUCAGGCUCCCUUUCCGCAGCCACACUGCCAGUCUUUCAGGAUGUACUGCUGCAGUUCCUCGACACUCAGGCCCCGACACUGACUGAACCAGGCAACGAGAGCGAAAGAGUAGAGUUCUCCAACCUGGUGUUGCUCUUCUGUGAGCUCAUCCGUCACGACGUCUUCUCCCACAACAUCUACAUGUGCACGCUCAUCUCCCGCGGCGACCUGGCCUCCGACUCCCACCUGCCCCGCCCGCGUUCCCCCAGCGACGAGCCCUCUGACGAAUCAGAGCGCAAGGAGCAGGACGCAGGCAGCAGUGUGAAAAUGGAGGAUACUGGCCUGUCGGAGUCAAUGGAGAUCGACAACAAUUCCAGUGCUAAUUUUGACGAGAUGUUUUCCCCCCCUAUGCACUGUGAGUCCAAGGGGAGCCCCUCUCCUGAGAAGCCCGCCCCAGAGCAGGACAGCAAGGCCGCGUGUAAAGAUAAGGGCAUGGACCCUGCCUUCCCACAAGUGUAUGAGCAGCCCCGCCACAUUCAGUAUGCCACUCACUUCCCUAUCCCUCAGGAGGAGAGCGCCAGCCACGAGUGCAACCAGCGCCUGGUGGUGCUCUAUGGCGUAGGCAAGCAGAGAGAUGAGGCGCGACACGCCAUCAAGAAAAUUACCAAAGACAUCUUGAAGGUGCUCAACCGCAAAAGCACAGCAGAAACAGGAGGAGAGGAAGGACAGAAGAGGAAGAGGAGUAAGCCUGAAGCCUUUCCCACUGCAGAGGAUAUCUUCUCCAAAUUCCAGCACCUCUCCCACUUUGACCAGCACCAGGUCACCUCUCAGGUGUCCAGGAAUGUGCUGGAACAGAUCACCAGCUUUGCCUUAGGGAUGUCCUAUCACCUGCCCCUUGUCCAGCACAUACAGUUCAUAUUUGACCUCAUGGAGUUCUCCCUCAAUAUUAGUGGCCUCAUAGACUUUGCUAUUCAGCUGCUGAAUGAGUUGAGCCUGGUGGAAGCCGAGCUGCUGCUGAAGUCGUCCAGCCUGGUCGGCAGCUACACCAUCAGCCUCUGUCUGUGUAUUGUUGCGGUGCUGAGGAGGUACCACUCCUGCCUCAUCCUCAACCCUGAGCAGACAGCACAGGUUUUUGAUGGGUUGCGUAUCGUGGUGAAAUCAGGUGUGAACCCGGCGGACUGUUCCUCUGCAGAGCGCUGUAUCUUAGCGUACCUGUACGACCUCUACACCUCCUGCAGUCACCUCAAGAGCAAGUUUGGCGAGAUCUUCAGUGAGUUCUGCUCCAAAGUGAAGAACUCCAUUUACUGCAACAUCGAUCCGUCAGACUCCAACAUGCUGUGGGAUCCUGUGUUCAUGAUGGAGGCCAUCGCCAACCCUUCUGCCCACAACUUCAACCACUCCAUGGUGGGCAAGAUCCUCAAUGACAGUGCGGCCAACCGCUACAGCUUUGUCUGCAAUGUGCUCAUGGACGUGUGUGUAGACCACCGAGACCCCGAGAGGGUGAAUGACAUCGGGAUCCUGUGUGCGGAGCUGACAGCCUACUGUCGCUCACUGAGUGCUGAGUGGCUCGGCAUUCUCAAAGCCCUCUGCUGCUCCUCCAACAAUGGCAACUGUGGCUUCAAUGACUUGCUGUGUAAUGUAGAUGUGAGUGAUUUGUCCUUCCACGAUUCCCUGGCGACCUUUGUAGCCAUACUCAUUGCUAGGCAGUGCCUGCUCCUAGAGGACCUGGUUCGCUGUGUGGCCAUCCCCUCCCUCCUCAACGCUGCCUGCAGUGAGCAGGACUCAGAGCCAGGAGCCAGACUCACCUGCAGGAUUCUAUUGCAUCUUUUCAAGACGCCCCAGCGCAACCCUGUGCCCCAAGAUGGCGCUAAGUCAGAUAAAUCCUCAGUUGGUAUCCGGUCAUCAUGUGAUCGCCACCUUCUUGCUGCCUCUCAGAACAGCAUAGUUGUGGGAGCAGUGUUUGCUGUCCUCAAGGCUGUCUUCAUGCUGGGUGACGCAGAGCUACGGGGCUCAGGACUGUCACACCCUGCCGGCCUCGACGACAUAUCUGGGGGACGCACUGUGUCCAUAGAAACAGCCAGCUUGGAUGUGUAUGCAAAGUAUGUGCUGAAGAGCAUCUGCCAGCAGGAAUGGGUUGGCGAACGCUGCCUCAAGUCUUUGUCUGAGGACAGUAGCGCCCUCCAGGACCCUGUAUUGGUCAACAUUCAGGCUCAGCGACUACUGCAGCUCAUUUGCUAUCCUCACCGCCAGCUGGACAGCGAUGAUGGCGACAACCCCCAGAGGCAGCGCAUCAAACGCAUUUUACAGAACAUGGACCAAUGGACGAUGAGACAGUCGUCCCUGGAGCUGCAGCUGAUGAUCAAGCAGAGCACUAACAAUGAGCUCUACUCUCUGCUGGAGAACAUAGCCAAGGCCACCAUUGAGGUGUUCCAGAAAUCAGCUGAAAUGAAUUCCAGUAACCCCUCAGGGAAUGGAGCAACCGUCCCAGGUGGCUCUGCAUCCAACAACAACAACAACACUGCCAGCAAAAUGAAGCCUAUUUUGAGCUCAUCAGAGCGGUCAGGUGUGUGGCUGGUGGCUCCGCUGAUAGCCAAGCUGCCCACCUCAGUACAGGGCCAUGUACUGAAGGCAGCAGGGGAGGAACUGGAGAAGGGACAGCACCUGGGCUCCUCCUCCCGCAAAGAGAGGGACAGGCAGAAACAGAAAAGUAUGUCUUUGCUGAGCCAGCAGCCCUUCCUGUCUCUGGUGCUGACCUGUCUGAAGGGCCAAGAUGAGCAGCGAGAGGGCCUCCUUACUUCCCUCUACAGCCAAGUACAGCAGAUUGUUACCAACUGGAGAGAAGACCAGUACCAAGAUGACUGCAAGGCGAAGCAAAUGAUGCACGAGGCUCUGAAACUACGACUUAACCUUGUGGGUGGGAUGUUUGACACCGUGCAACGCAGCACCCAGCAGACCACUGAAUGGGCGGUACUACUCCUCGACAUCAUCAGCAGCGGCACAGUGGACAUGCAGUCCAAUAAUGAGCUAUUCACAACAGUGCUGGAUAUGCUUAGUGUGCUGAUUAACGGCACACUGGCUGCUGACAUGUCCAGCAUCUCUCAGGGCAGCAUGGAGGAGAAUAAGAGGGCCUACAUGAACCUGGUCAAGAAGCUCAGGAAAGAGCUUGGCGACCGGCAGUCAGAGAGUUUGGAGAAAGUUCGCCAGCUACUGCCAUUGCCCAAGCAGACCCGUGAUGUCAUCACCUGUGAACCCCAGGGCUCACUGAUAGACACCAAGGGCAACAAGAUCGCUGGCUUUGAGAAGGAGGGCCUCCAAGUAUCAACCAAACAGAAGAUCUCUCCCUGGGAUGUCUUUGAGGGUCUCAAACAUUCUGCCCCUCUCUCCUGGGGCUGGUUUGGUACAGUGCGUGUGGACCGCAAGGUCACCAAAUUUGAGGAACAGCAGCGCUUCCUGCUGUACCACACCCACCUGAGGCCCAAACCUCGUAGCUAUUACCUGGAGCCCCUCCCUCUGCCCCCUGAGGAGGAGGAGCCCCCCACACCCGUUUCUCAGGAACAAGAAAAGAAGAUUGUUGAGACAGUGAAGCCAGAGAAGAAUGUGCCCGCUGUGACCUCUGAUUCAAGCAAGAAGAAGUCUAACAAGAAGAAGAAAUCCACCACCAAGACUGAGGACUAUGUGAACCGUGCACAAAGCGGCGUGGCCUAUGGGACAGGUAUGCCACCUGAUCUGAUAAUGGGGCAGCCGAACCACCCAUAUGGCCUGAACUACAGCCGCCAGCCCAUAGGCAUAUAUGCACAGAACCAGCCCCUUCCUCCAGGAGGUCCUGGUUUAGAUCCUCCAUACAGACCUGCCCGGAACCCCCAGAUGAAACAAAUGAUGCCCACACGGCCCAACUACCCAGCCAUGAUGCCCGGCAUGCAGGGAAGCAUGCCUGGCAUGAUAGGACUGGACAAGCAGUACCCAAUGGGUUAUAAGCCCCAGCCCACCAUACCACAGGGCCAGAUACUGCGCCAGCAGCUACAGGUCAGACUGAAUCAGAGCAUGCUGGGGCAGCAGAUGAGGCAAAUUACACCCAACCAACCGUACACUUCAAUGCAGCCAUCUCAGAACAUAUCUCAGGGCUAUACCACAUACGGGUCGCACAUCGGGAUGCAGCAGCAUCCAUCCCAAGGUGGUGGUAUAGUUCCUUCAUCCUACGGGAACCAGAACUUUCAGGGCUCCCAUCCUGGAACCAACCCGGCUGUGGGAGACCCUCUUAGGCAAAUGCAGCAGAGGCCUAGUGGCUAUGUUCACCAGCAGGCCCCAGGCUAUGCACACAAUAUGCAGAACACACAGAGGUUUGCCCACCAGUCCCUCCAGCAGAAUCCCAUCAUGCAUGGUCUUGGCCACAUGGGAGGUCAGGGGGUCCACCCGGGCAUGAGGCCCAAUCAGAUGCUGGCAGAGCAGCAGCAGCAGCAACAGCAGCAGCAACAACAAGCACAGCAACAGCAGCAGUACCUCAGACAACAAGCACUCAGACAGCAGGCCCAACAACAAGUUCAGCAGCAGCAGCAGCAGCAGCAACAACAACAGCAGGUCCAGCCACAGCAGGUCACACCCCAACAGCAGGUUCAGCAGCAGCAACAGCAGCAGCAGCAGGUAGCGACGGCACAGCCGCCGGCCCAGGCACAGAACCAGGCCCUGGGCAUGCAGCCACUGCCCCCACAGCAACCUAUGUUCCCACGACAGGGUAUGCAGCAGACGCAGCAGCAGCAGCAGACUGCAGCUCUGGUCAGGCAGCUCCAGCAGCAACUAUCAAAUACACAGCCAGGACAGAGCACCAAUUCAUAUUACUGAUAGUGCUUGUUUAUAGUAGUGUGCAGAGAAUAGAGACCCUCAGUGUGUGAGACCACCCUGGGCUGUAGAUUGGCAGGUGAAUGUGUCCAAUGCUGUGCAGGCCCUGUUUGUAGAGGUUUAGGCUGUUAGGAGGGAAGACUGUUCCAGGCACAACAGAUGACCAAAUGGACGAACCAAACCCCGACUUGACCACCGAGACAACAUGUUCAGAAAAUAUCUCGACUUCAGUGUCAUGUAAUUAUGGAAUACCCAGGGAGGGAUUGUGCUGUGAAAUAAACAGAUCUUGGAGAAUAAUGGAAAAGUUUAUGUAAAAAAGUACCAGAAAUUAUAAGAAUAAUGCAAUUUUUUAUUUUAUUUCAAUUUGUACAAUUUUUUCAGUUUCGUGUAUUUCUCAUUAAAAAAAUCAUGUCAGUUUUUA